UUCAUUUUCCAGUUUAUGGCUUUAUGGAUCAGACUCGGUUUUCCAACAAUUACGGCUUUGUUCCUUUCGUCCAGUCCCCAGGCUUGGCACUAAUCAUCAUCGGGGAUGAAAAGGGAACUGCUGCAACUCUGUUGCUCAAGUCACUUGCCUUUUGUUUUCCAAUACUGUUUCUGUCCAUUGCCAUGUUAUGGGUGUCCAGUCUGGCCCUGUGGUUUGUGGAAACUGCAGCCAAUGAGCGCCACUUUCCUCGCAAUAUUCUACAAGGAAGUUGGGAAGCAAUGUGGUGGGCGUUUGCUUCCAUGACAACUCUUGGGUACGGUGAUCGGAUUCCAAGGACUCCGUUUGGUCGCCUGGUGUGUUUAACUUGGAUUGUAUUAGGCGUUAUUAUGGUGACUUGCUUUAAUUCUACCAUGACAACACAGCUGACCGCAAGAAUUUUGGACAAAGAAGUAAACUUAUAUGGAACGAAGAUAACGCCAAAAAGCAUGUCUGUUGAGCGCUCCAGUAGUCUGUUUGACCCGCGGUUUCCCACGUACGUGCGUGCGCUGAUCGUCUGUGGUGUUAUCCUUGGCGUGAUGUUGCUAGUAGGUGCUAAGUUUGAGUUUGCCAAGAAGAUGGGAUGGGUAAAGUUCAGAAGAAAAGGUGCAGAGGGUCAUUCUCUUCCGAGAAGAGUGGAGUUGUCUAGACAUAAGGAAGAAAUGAAAGCUGACUUGUCCAGAAUAGUCGCCAUAUUCAAAAUCAACUGCUCGCGCCGUAUACAGCACUUGAGACAACGCCACAAAAAAGAACUGCUUCUUGUAGCUAAGCUCAAGAGACAAGCUUACACUGCGUUGAUCCACAAAGGAACUUUUGGGAAGGAUAGUAUAUUUAGCUUCACCUUUGGACUAAAAACGCCCGAGUUAAAUCAUAAUUCAGAAAGAAAUGGUCUAACCAAAUAUGACUCGUCACUGAGACAAGACGAUGAAGAAAUCGAAACCUUCGUAUAGGGAGAAGUUAUUGUCAUCAUCCGAGAAGAGGGUGACAAAGGGCCGGAAGGGGAGGGGGUCGGGUCUUUGUCCAGUUUCAAGCAUGGAUUGUAGUAAAAUUCAAACGAACCUCUGAGCAAAACAACCAACCAACGCAGACGUUGUUAGGCUCGCACGUCAAGCAGUUGUUCCUUCCCACCGAUGUCUGCUGUUAGUGGUGAGGAAUGCUUGCGUGACCUGACGAACCUUAUAACGUCUGUGUAGUAGGCUAAAGCCCAUAAAAAAAGAGGGAAAAUAUUUGCAUUUCCCCUAAAAGUAAGGCUGAUACCAUUUGAAAUCAACAGUUUCCCGUGUAGUCAGGUCAGCAACCUGAACAUCUUUUCAAUUGGAUUACCUCAACUCAA